GUAUAUGCUAUUUCUCUCUCUCUCUCUCUCUCUCUCUCUCUACUUUCUCUCUCCUCAUUAGUACUUGUUUUUGUUUCAGCUGAAUGCUUUUGACUCCAAAGUUGAAGAGAUUCCUUAGAUCUACAAGGAAAAAACUUUUGUACAUUGUUGUCAUCAUCAACUAUUCAUCUAUUCUGUGUCUUUUUUGGUCACUUGUUUUAAUUCUAUUCAUUUUUAAAGGUUCAUGCUUUUUCAACAAUUCACUCUCAUCAUGGUUCACAAUAACAUGUGAUUCACAAGUAUUUGGACCAAAAAUUUCUUGAGAUGCAAGUUCUAUUGGCAUUGAAGUUGAGAUCAAAGUUUUUAUAUUGUAGAAAGGAAAAUUGGAUUUGAUAAUAAGAGAGGUUUGUUUGAAAUGGUUUGUGAGAUGGAGAGUGAUUGUAUUGAAGACAUGAUGGACAUUGAAGAGUUAUCUUCAAUGUGGCCAGAAGAUGUUGGAACUGAUGUUGGAAAACAAUUCAACAUAGAAAAACCAGGAAGAGAUCAAGAUAUGUUGGAAGAAGUAACAAUCUUAGAAGAACCAGCAAUAGCUGAUUUUCAAAGAUUAAUGGAGCUUACAAAUUAUACAGAUAAAGGGUCAUCUCAAUUGGCUUAUUUAAUGCAACAUUGGGAGUAUAAGCAAGCGAACGCGGUUCGGCUUCUUCGAGAAGAGCUUGACAAUCUUAGCAAACAAAGGAAGGAAGUUGAGCAAAGAAAAUUGGAGAUACUUAAAGAGAAUAAUCGAUUCGAGGAAGAGAUUAGUUAUGGCGGAGACAAACGUCCGGUUUCAAUAUUGGACGAUGCUUACUAUACUUGGCAAGAUCUACCGGCGGCGAUAAGGAAAAGUGAUAUUGUUGUUCAGAACAAGAGAAUUGAAAUUGAGGCUGAGUAUGAUACUGUUGUUUACUGGAAACAACGGUCGCAAGAUUUUGAAAAACAGUUGGAAGCUAGUAUUCGGAGGGAGGAUAUAUUAAAGGAGAAAUUGCAAGAAAGUAUAGAGACUAUUGAAAGACAAUCAUCACCUGUGGAGGAACUGUCACAGAUUCUUAAGAGAGCAGAUAAUUUCUUACAUUUUAUACUUCAAAAUGCACCUGUUGUUAUUGGCCAUCAGGACAAAGAGUUGCGCUAUCGUUUUAUCUAUAAUCAUUUUCCAAGUUUACAAGAAGAGGACAUUAUAGGAAAAACAGAUGUCGAAAUUUUCACGGGAGCAGGUGUGAAGGAAUCUCAAGAUUUUAAGAGAGAAGUAAUGGAGAAAGGAGUACCUGCAAAAAAGGAAAUAACUUUUGAGACAGAACUAUUUGGAUUUAAGACAUUUUUGAUAUAUGUAGAACCUGUGUUUAGCAAGGCAGGUGAAACAAUUGGAGUAAACUAUAUGGGAAUGGAAAUAACAGAUCAGGUGAGAAAAAGAGAAAGAAUGGCAAAGCUAAGGGAAGAAAUUGCAGUUCAGAAAGCAAAGGAAACAGAACUUAAUAAAACCAUUCACAUUACAGAGGAGACAAUGAGAGCAAAACAAAUGUUGGCAACAAUGUCUCAUGAGAUAAGAUCACCGCUUUCUGGUGUUGUUAGCAUGGCUGAAAUUCUUACGACAACAAAACUUGAUAAAGAGCAAAGACAGCUUUUGGAUGUCAUGUUAUCUUCAGGAGAUUUGGUUCUUCAACUUAUAAAUGAUAUACUUGAUCUUUCCAAGGUCGAGUCAGGAGCUAUGAAAUUGGAAGCUACAAAAUUCAGGCCAAGAGAGGUAGUAAGGCAUGUACUCCAGACAGCUGCAGCACCAUUGCAGAAAAUGCUAACACUGGAAGGAAAUGUAGCAGAUGAUAUACCUAUUGAGGUCACUGGAGAUGUUUUAAGGAUUCGGCAGAUUCUCACAAAUUUAGUCAGCAAUGCUGUCAAGUUUACACAUCAAGGCAAAGUUGGUAUAAACCUUUAUGUUGUUCCAGAACCAGCAUUUGCCAAAGAAGAAGAAUCUCACCAAAAGGUCACAGAAGACCAGUCAACUAUUUCAGCAAAUGGAUUGAAGGAAGAUAAACAUACACCAUCACCAAGAAGUAUGAGAUGUGAUCAAAAUCUUAUCGAUGAUAGAAAACACGCUGACCAUCCUAUCCAGAAUCAUGCGUUUAGCAAUGAAUGCAGAUCUUCAGUUAACAGUGAAUGCUCAAUGAAUGAUGAUGAUACUGAAGAACAAACUCAUUCAAUUGAAACAACAGUGUGGAUACGUUGUGAUGUGUACGACACAGGAAUUGGCAUACCAGAAAAGGCUAUACCUACUUUAUUUAGAAGGUACAUGCAAGUUAGUGCAGACCAUGCUCGAAAAUAUGGAGGCACAGGUCUAGGACUAGCAAUAUGUAAACAACUGGUUGAGUUAAUGGGGGGUCGUCUAACAGUGACUAGCAAAGAACAUUGUGGUUCUACCUUCACAUUCAUACUACCAUACAAGGUUUCAACAGCUUGUGAAAAUUCUGAUGAUCCAGAUGAUCUUUCGGAUGUCGAUAAUAACGAAGAUGACACAACUGAGGGAUUCUUCCAAUUCCAACCACGAACUUUGGGCUCGCUUUUCACUUCUAAUGGAUCCACCAGGCCACACAGAAUCUCACACAAGUUCAAUGGUUUUCCGGACAACGAUUCUUACUCAAACCAUUCUAGUAACAUCAUUUCAAAUGGAACAAAUUCAAUUGAGGAUGCAUCUUCUGUUAUUGUUGAUGCUUCAGAUAUGUCAGAAUCAACAAAUUCGUUUAGUCACAGCCUAGAAACUAAGCAUGAAAGUUUAUGUAAUGGAAACAAACAAAACCAUGAUAAUAAUAAGGCACAUGAUAGGUUACAAAAUGGUAGUGCAAACUCUAUCCAUUGGAAGGAAGCAAGUAGAGAAAUGAAUUUAGAAACAAAGUCAAAUGAACCACAACAAACAUGUCAGGGUCAAGGGAAGGAAGAUAGUACUACUAGCAAUAGCACAUCAUCAGAAGUAACCAAAUCGACGUUAAAGCCGAAUAUUCUUCUUGUUGAAGAUAACAAGAUUAAUAUCAUGGUGACAAAGUCAAUGAUGAAGCAGCUAGGAUAUAGCAUGGAUGUCGUGAAUAAUGGAGUGGAAGCCAUACGCGCAGUUCAGAGCCAUUCUUACGACAUUAUUUUGAUGGAUGUUUACAUGCCAGUUAUGAAUGGUCUUCAAACAACAAAACUGAUCAGGUCUUAUGAGGAAACAGGCAAUUGGGAUGCUGCAAGAGAAGCUGGAGUUGAACAAAGUUUAUCAGCUUCGGAUGAAUGUUCUGUGCCACCUAAAAAGCGCAUCCACAUUGUUGCGAUGACAGCAAACACAAUGUCAGAGAGUGCUGAAGAAUGUUUCGCCAACGGUAUGGACGCAUUUGUGUCAAAACCAGUGACAUUCCUAAAAUUGAAAGAGUGUCUUGAAAAGUAUCUAAGCUGACAGCCAUGUAAAUUUUACUUGUGUAUAAAGGAAAUAAGAGCCUAGGAAAGUUUUGCGAAAGAAUGCAUCGUGUUCUUCUCUUCAUCAGUGUCAUUGUAUAGAUCUAAAAUAUUCUUUUGACUCCUAAUUUUUCUAGUAGUGCUGAAGGGAGUGCUGCAAAAAUAGAUAGUAUAGGACUAAUUGGAGUGUGAAUGUAGAGGUAUAAAAACCUUUCCCAAUAGAUUAUAAAUUGGAAACUUUGACCAUUGGCACUACAAAGGAACUUCACAAAAGAAGUAUCAUACCAGAGAAAA